ACCUGUCAACUGUCUUCAGACAAAUAUUACGUACAUGCGAGUACAAUCUCAAAAGUGAUACAUAUUUCCGACCUUUAUAUAUUUACAUCAUAUUUUCCAAUGGCUACGAUAGAGGAAAAAUCUUGUCAUGAUGAUACUGAUUGUCCUGAUAAGCAGUAUUGUUAUCAUGUAUCGGAGCGAUGUGUUGACUUUACUCAAUGCAGCAGGUAUAAUAGACAAGAAAAUAGCGAAGGAAGAUCACGACAUCCUUCUCGAUGUGGACCCUGUUUUCCUGGUUAUACCGCGGAAAAAUUGAGUACUGGAGAAAUGGCGUUAUUAUGUAGAAAAAUAAAUACAGAGCAAACUAUUUCCGAAUCAUAUAGAUUGAACAACAAUAUAAUUAUUUAUACAACAUUUGGAAUAUUAACAAUUUUUGGAGUAUUGACUUUACUUAUUAUUAUAUUUUAUAAAAAACGAACAUCAAAACGACAAAAUAACAAGAUAAAACAAAGCGGAGAACUUCGCGUUAUGGAACCCACUGCUCCACCUUUAGAAAAUAGUCCUUUCAUCACUUGCAAAAAAAAGUCAUCUUCAAUGCCUUUUAAUAAUAAUAAAAAUUUGAAAGAUAAGAAUAAUCUUGUACGUGCUACUUGUUGUGCACCUCCAUAUAGGGAUCAUACGAAUUUUAAUUAUGAAAAUGAUCAAAAUAAUGAUAAUGCAACAGAACCAUUGCAUUAUAUGUCUAAUCAAUCUAACAAUUGGACUUCAGAGCAAUUAACACGUGAAGUUAUAAAUGGAAAUUUAUCUGGAUAUGAAGUAGCACAAAUGGAUAAUAUCUUAAACACAACUUUAAUUCAAACAGAUAAUGCUUCUUCAUCUAAUUCUCAAGAAGAUAAUAAUAAUAACAACACUAAUAAUGAUGAUUCAAGAUCUGAAUCAAAUAAUACUCAAAAUAAUAGAGAACAUACACGAAUUUCUAAUAUUUUGAUUUCUCAAAAAAUAUCUAUGAAUGUGAAUUUACUCAAUAAUGAUUCUUGAUUUCAAAAAUAUGCAUAUCAUAAAAUAAUAUGUUAAUCAAAUGCCUCACUUAUAUAAAGCAAUAUUAAAUUUUUUUUUUACAUAAAAUUAAGAAGAUAAUUUUAAUGAAUAUUAAAA